AUGCACAAGGAGAUUCGCCCUUAUGCGCUGAACAAAUUAUUUUUCACUGGCUGUCUUUUCCCCCCUGUAGAUGCACUUAAGUUGCAGCAGCAGCAGCAGCAGCAGCAGCUGCUGCUGCUGCUGCUGCAGCAGUUGCUGCUGCAGCCGAAGCUUUUGAAGCACAUAAAUAUGGCUGCACCCUGUGAGACGGGCGAAAGUUCACUGCAGAGAAGCAGCAGCAGCAGCAGCAACAGCAGCACGAAACUGCACUGCAGAGAAUCAUCAGCAGCAGCAACAGCAGCAGCAGCAGCAGCAACAGCAGCACGAAAUUGCACUGCAGAGAAUCAUCAGCAGCAGCAACAGCAGCAGCAGCAGCAACAGGAGCACGAAAUUGCACUGCAGAGAAUCAUCAGCAGCAGCAACAGCAGCAGAAGCAGCAGCAGGAGCACGAAAUUGUACUGCAGAGAAUCAUCAGCAGCAGCAACAGCAGCAGCAGCAGCAGCAGCAACAGGAGCACGAAAUUGCACUGCAGAGAAUCAUCAGCAGCAGCAACAGCAGCAGCAGCAGCAGCAGCAGCAGCACGAAAUUGCACUGCAGAGAAUCAUCAGCAGCAGCAACAGCAGCAGCAACAGCAGCACGAAAUUGCACUGCAGAGAAUCAUCAGCAGCAGCAACAGCAGCAGCAGCAGCAGCAGCAGCAGCAGCAGCAGCAGCAGCACCACGUAGUCGUUCUACGACUAACAAAUGCCCCAAUAGACAGCACAAAGCUGGAAAGUGCAAAAGAGAAAUAAAGAAAUAA